AUGACUUCUGGAAAGCGCAUCGUAUUCACUGGCGGCUCUGGCAAGGCUGGCAGACAUGCUAUCCCGGAGCUCAUCAAAGCUGGCCAUCAAGUCCUAAACCUCGAUCUCACCGACUUCCCCGGAACCGACCACAACAUCUUCACCCUCAAAACUGACCUGACGGACAGUGGUCAAGUCUUCAAUGCUCUAACGACCCACUUCGACUUUGCCGGCUACGACUCCAACCAAGUGCCCCAACCCCCAGAUGUAGUAAUCCACUUUGCAGCCUACGCCCGCAACAUGCUGGUUCCAGACAAUGAAUGCUUCAAAGGCAAUGUCACCGCAACCUACAACGUCAUCGAAGCAGCCUGCAAGCUGGGCGUCAAGAAAAUCAUCAUCGCAAGUUCCGAAACCACAUAUGGAGUUUGCUUUGCUCAGGGUGAUGUGGACUAUCACUCUUUCCCACUAGAAGAGGAUUACGAUGUCGAUCCCAUGGACACCUAUGCCUUGUCAAAGAUUUGUGGUGAGGAAACGGCAAGAUCGUUUUCACGACGCUUUGACCGUGAUAUUUACGUCCUUCGCAUCGGAAACGUAAUUGAACCCCACGAGUACGAAAAGGACUUCCCAAACAUUGUGGGAAACCCACAAGGCAGAAAACGCAAUGCGUGGUCUUACAUUGAUGCUCGCGAUCUUGGUCAGAUCUGCAAUCUGUGCAUCAAGAAGGAUGGUUUGGGCUUUGAGAUUUUCAAUGCGACGAAUGACACAAUCACUACGACUACUCCGACGGAAGAAUACCUGAAGAAGGUAGCUCCCAACACACCUAUCACUCGCAAAAUGGGGGAGUUUGAAGCACCGUUGAGCAACAGGAAGAUAAAGGAGGUCUUGGGCUUCAAGGAAGAGCACAAUUGGCGCAAGUACUACAAGCCUGAGUAG